CCUGCCUUCUUUCAGGCCUGGCUGAACGAGAAAUUUGCUCCAGAACUGCUGGAGAGCAAACCUGAAAUAAUCGAGUGUGUUGUGGAGCAGCUGGACCAUAUGGAAGCAAACCUGAAACGGGCAAAGAAAGGAGAUCUGAAGGUCAGUGUUCACCACAUGGAGAUUGAAAGGAUCCGWUACGUGCUCAGCAGCUACCUGCGCUGUCGGCUGGUGAAGAUAGAGAAGUUUUUUCCCCACAUCCUGGAGAAGGAGAAGUCUCGAGCUGAAGGGGAGCCCUCUGUUUUGUCACCAGAGGAGUUUGCUUUUGCUAAAGAGUGAGUAUGUUUUUGAUGUAUCUUYCUCCCYUUUURUAGAUUAUAGAAACUCACCUGUGUGUUUURCUGAAGUUCUGGGAGCUUUAGAUAGGUUUUAAAUAACAUCCAGUGUGUUUUACCAGGAGGGUUCCUUAUGGGCGAGAAAGGAACUGAAACAAA